AUGGUUUUCUUGUUAUAUUUGGUUGUGCUCAUACCAUUGACACAAUCACAAACAUUGUGCAUGACUGACUUUGUUGUUUUGAAUAUUGACGAUAACAACACUGAGUACGAAACAAUGAUCGACAUGUGUUACAAAAACAUACCGAACUACGAAGAGAAAGUGUUUGGGUACAACAUCCACACAGUAUGUUACAUAGAUGAUGAGUACAUCACUGUCGACUCUAAUAACACGCGAAUAAGUCGAUGUGGUGAAUGGCUUUCUUUAGUUGGUCCUUCACAACAGCCGAUCAAUUGUUUGGUAGCUGGUACAAUACGAAUAACAAAGGGAGUUGUGCAAGACGACAUUAACAGAAAGGUUAUUGGAGUCUCCGAUAAUGUGUUUAAGCGACUGAAUGCGAACUUUAAAGGAAUAUCAAGCGUCAUGUCCCAAAUUGUGAUGUGGGAAAUCGACACUGACUUGGGGAUCAACCCAUCAAUGAUAUUACUCAGUAAGAACGACACAAUUGCCAACGUCCAGUUUUAUAAUUUUAAUAAGUGCCCAAAGCACUUACUCGCGAACGGGAAAUUGUACCGCCUCACUCCCGAUAACAUCUUCGAGGUGCCUUUCAACGCGUCGGGGGUAUUCGAAUUGGUGUCUUUUGAUAACGAGAAGAUCAUCUUUCAGAAUGUGAACAUCACAGCAAUGGACAGUGGAGAAGCGAUAUCCACUGCGUCAAGAUAUACCUCAAUAGAUCAAAUUGACUGUUACUAUGUUGUGAAGACAGAUAUAUAUAACCCCGACGAUGUGACUCAGAGUAAAUACAAAGCGUGGUCGUUUUAUGUGUCAAGUGGCAACGAACAACUGAAGAAGGUCUCACGCCAAAACCCAGUUUAUAUAUCGAAUAGCACAGAUAUCAUGACUACUAUGUUUUUGUACCCAAAUGCUUUUAUGAUCGCAUAUGACUAUGAAAGUAUUGAAUUUGUAUUUGUGGUGAACGGAACAUAUAAAUUGACAUCAAAUGGAAUUAUGUACUACAAAGAGACGGAUCAAAUAAAUCGAGGAGAUGUCACACUUGUCGAGUUGAACUUCCCAAUGAAAAGUUACUUUGAGAAAGAUGGGAAGACGUUACACAUUAAAACAUUCUUCAGAUCAAAAAGUAGAGCGUUCGCAAAUUCAUUUGCAUUUUUGCAUAGUCUGAGCGUCGGUGGGUCCCUCACGUUAAAGUCUGCAACACUACAUAAAAGAAGUCGACUUCAAAAUCAAACGGACUGUGAUGCUACAUCAUUCGACUGCUAUAAUGUGGAGUGUACACCUAACGCCACUUUAUUCCCAAAUAACAAAAUAUGGUCUGCUGAAUGUUAUCCCGCAUGUGGAAGUUGUGGGAGAAAGGAGUAUUGUUCUGAAGAAGGAAAGUGUGUCAAAAUUACAAGCAAGAACACAAGGAGCUUUGACAUCCCAAAGAGUGUCAUGUGGUGUGUGGCACUGAUAUUGGUAUUUGCUUUAUAA